AACAAUAAAUCAAGUGAAUGCCGCGUCACACGAGUACACAAUCACAUCUCAAUAAUAAAACAAUAGCAAUACAUAAAAAGUCGUGCAAAGUACAAUAAAACAUAGAACACAGCCCGCGAUAUUGUCGCUAUGUCGUAUAAAUGCACAUAAUUUAGAAGGGCCGCGGUAACUCCGCCAUGAUUCCAUUCAUCCCGGCAUUACUCGCUAUUGAUUGUCCCAACCUGGCAAUAAUUCGUCUGCCGGCUCUAGGGGUGAGGACUUGCGCGCUGCGGAUGUAUUGCAUCUCUUUCCUUUUACUGCAAUACAGUAACGUGCGAGUGAGAGGACAAAUAGCGAGAUUGAUUCACAUGCUGCAGAUGCUGUGGAUGGGCAAUGUUGAAAGGAACCAAUUUUGGUGCAUAAUGAAAAGUGAAAUUGUUUGAUAUCAGUAAAUGUUUAUCUUACUGGGCGGUGGGCGGAUAGUACCCGGCCGGUAUAUACCCGGUUUCAUUUCAUUUUGGCGUUUUUAAUGCUUAGUGGUGACUGCUCUAAUUGUAUAAAUACAUAAUAAUAUACCCAUUUAUUAAGCGGUAUUCUGAGCUACAUUCCAACUAGAUAACUUUAUUACCGUGACCCUGCGUGUAAUUGCCACGAUAUUCUAAAGCUUUCAAGAAAUCGUGACGACGUUGACAGGCGUACGGGUCAAUCAAUGUGUCGCCAGUCACUGCUAAUGAAGGCAAUUGAAUGUUCUACAAUGAGAGUUGUGAGUAAAUUACCAGGGCAAUAUAAUGGGCGCGGCGAUUGACAUGCAGCCAGCGUCUUAACUUGAAUGUCUGGCCUUAAAAUUGUAUCUGAACUUGACCUUCCGCUGGUUAGGUCCUGCAUGGCGGCGUCCACUUUCCCAGAUGCCGUAGUACGGGCCGGAGGAGAGCCGGUACGGCACGGACCGGCCGCCCGCCGCACAGUGCGCGCCGCGCCGCCGCCGGCCGAGUACCGCGUUACAUCCCGCCAAUAUUUAUAUCCUUCGAGGGAUGAUCACAAAUAGAAUGUCAGUGUGAACUCGCGCUGUUACCACGACUCAUGUGUUAGUGAUGUGUUCCUACGUGUGUAUACUACAACGAAUUUUAUAGUACAACUAGAUUUAUCACGUUACUUAUUAACGUUCACCGUUGGUUGUAGGAUGAGACAGACAUUAGUUUAAGAAAUUGGGAAGCCUUGACAAUGGCGUAUUACCGGUGCGGGCCGACAGCCAUCGGCAGCCGCACCUCGUGGGGCCCGGUCACGUCGCCCACCUCCGUGGAGCCCAAGAGCUAUGAUAGACCACUGAGCGGCAACUUUGAUAGAAUAUUUAAUGCUUUUGAGAGGACCAAUGCCUUCGAGUACAUCCGGAACUCAUUUGAGGGAGGAAAAGAAGAAGAGGAACGUCAUAUCGGUCAUGGAGACAUCAUAGUGAAUAGAAAGAUGAGCAGCAGCUUCGAGCGGGCAGACUGCGCGCUGGCGGCGCAGACACCAUGCUCCGAGGACGAGGACUUCUACCGGGAGAAGAUACUGUACUCGCAGGCGAGGCAGCUGUUCCCCUUGCAGGAGGACCUGGCCGACUGGAUUAACAAGACUAUCGGUAUAACGUACCUGACGGGAGAGAACUUCCUGGACGUGCUGGACAAUGGUGUGGAGUUGUGUCAGCUGGCUGCAGUCAUACACGACCGCGCUAGGGAGGCGCUUGACCAGGGACUCAUUGUGGGGCCGGUGCCCCAGAUCCGCGGCCGUUGCUGGCAGCGCGCGGCGCGGCGCAGCUUUUUCUCCCGCGACAACACCGAGAACUUCAUCACAUUCUGCCGAGAGCUCGGUGUGCAUGAGAACUUGCUCUUUGAAAGCGAUGAUCUUGUACUGCACAACCAGCCGCGACAGGUAAUCCUAUGCUUGCUGGAGGUGGCUCGCCUCGCCACCAAGUUCAAUGUGGAGCCGCCAGGCCUGGUGCAGUUGGAGAAGGAAAUCGCGCUGGAGGAACGGGACUCGGGGUUGGACUCCGCCAUGUCAGCCACUGCUUGGCAGUUCAGGGACUCUUCACCACCACCGCGCGAUGAAAAAUCUGCCAAUGAAAUACCGCCAAAAACACCAGAUCCAGACUCACAACUGUCGGCGGUGGACAACGCAGACGCAGAGAGCACCAAAUCGGAGGGGACUGUCGCCAGCACUGACUCCGACGUGCCUCUCAAACCCACCAAUGAACUUGACAAGAGGGUACAGUUGGUGACUCGGCUGAUGGAGCGCGGCUGUAGCUGCAGCUCGGGCAAGUGCUCUAAGCUGCUGAAGGUGAAGAAAGUUGGAGAAGGUCGAUACAACAUCGCUGGGCGAAAUGUUUUCAUCAGGCUGCUGAAGGGUCGCCACAUGAUGGUCCGCGUGGGCGGUGGCUGGGACACGCUGGAGCACUUCCUGUCGCGCCACGAGCCUUGCCAGGUGCGGCUGGUGACGCAGGGCCGCCGCGACGUACUGCCCGUGCCCCUGGACGAGCCCACCGCGCCCGCACUCUCACCCGCCAGCAGUAGAGCCUCGCUCACCAAGGAGUGUUCAGUAGCCGGCACCGUCUCACCCGUCGAUAGCAAAGCUUCCUCCAUCAGCGGCAAGACGUCUCCCGUGGAGCUCCGCAGUGGCCGCUCCACGCGUGCUUCCAGUAAAGCCAGCAGUGGCAAGAGCUCCCCACUGCCAGACUCGCGCCGCACCUCCACGCCUGUCAAACCGACCUCUGCCAGGAGCUUGCGCUCCGCUUUGACUCUUCCCCUGCGCGCCGACUCAGUAGACGGGCGCUCCCCCAAGUCCCCCGCAGCGCGCAGCAGGAAGCAGUCUGCACCGUCCAGCUUCAGCACCCCCAACACACCAACUGGUAGAUCUGUUAGAACGCCUCCCGUAGAGCACAGGAAAUCACUCACCUCCGCUGCUUUGGCCACCACACCCACCACACCCAAGAAGUCACGUAGUAUGAGUCUGGCACACGUACAGAAGGACGACAAGAGGACAUUUUGUGGUACAGACCGACUUAACCAGGUGAAGAAAACUAGGAGUACCAGCGCAGCGACCACCCCCACCGACACCGCGGCCACCAAGAAGACUCGCAGUCAGAGUCUCGCUUCCACUCCCGUAAACGAGCCCAAGAAAACAUUUAACGGGACCAAUGGCUAUGCUAAAAAGACUAGGAGUAUGAGUUUGGCGACUCCUGUCGACUUCAAACCACUGAACAAAAGUAUUUCUGUGAAUGGAGCGAUGACUCAGGCCGCCAUCGAGGAGAGUAUCAGACUGUCACUAGCGGCCACCAUCGCCGACGACACCUCCUCCAAGAAACCGUUUUUGCACAUAAAAGCCAAAUACAGAAGUCCCCCGCCACGGGAGGUGCCGCCCAGAUAAUAAAUAGACGCGUCAAUUAUUCAUUCCACUAGUUUUAAAGUUUGACACACUAAGCUAAGGCAUCGGUAUUAAAGUUCAAUUAGUUUUGGUAAUGUAAGCAUUAUUUAGAUCUCUUUACUGAGCAAUCUCGUGUUAAUCAUCUCGUUAGUAAGUAGUCGCUGUAAUGUAAGUGACACGUUCAUGCACUCCAUCUGUACGGGAGAACUAGUCAUAAUGAAUUUGUUAUUGUAAUUAUAAUGUACGCUACGAUAAGUUUACUUUAAUGAUAUUUUCCAAUUGCAAUAAUUACUGCUAAUCUGAUUAUUCUUUGUGUUUCGAAUCUUUAUUAUUUCUGAGAACUAUUUUAGUUUUAUUUUCUUUACGUGUGUGUGAUAAUAAUUUUAUAAUUUCGCAUUUUUUCAUUUGACAAUAAAGUAAGUGAUUAUGUAGAAUUUGUUUUUGAAAUUGUGUUUAUUUUAUUUUGAUGAUUGUUUGGAUUCAGUGAUGCACAGUAAUCGAUGUAUUUUGUAGUUAGGAUAGCAACACACGAUUGUGGCCUCACGCGCAUGCGACUCCACGGUACAAAUAUUGUUGUAUAAUCCACACAAGGUAUAUUUUCAUAUGAAUCGAUAGAGGAUAUUUUUGCACUGACGAUAGGUAUACACGCACUAGAUGGACACUACCGAGUCCUGCGACACUAAACAUAAGUCACUGUGUUCAUUAUCAUUACUGUACGAGUACGGCGAUAGUGAUAGUCUUAGGAGUCAAGACAGAUUUAGUAGUCGUUCAAUUUACUAUUAAAAAUUCGCUUUUUGAAGUUGUAGAAGUUAACCAAACCUUCCCUACUUGUAAAUUAAGAGAGAAUGUUUGAAGCCCGUGAACCGUACACUAAGAUAUUAUAGGGUAUAGCAUCCUCGAUGGUCUUCCAAGUUAUGCUGUGUCCGUGGAACUAAUUAUCAAAAUAUCAAAUAUGUUGUAAGUACGUGUACGUCAAGCGAGAGCGAAUGUAAUAUUUGAUGAUAUAGAUACAGCAUAACUACAAUAUAUUAAUGGUCCAUACAGAGUACGAAACGUACGGGAAAACAUGAGACAAAGGUAACAUACACCUACCUUGCCGCGGCCCUUCUCGAAUAAUUUAUCUACUAUCACGAUAAAGUGAUCCAUUUUAUUAGUCCUAUUGACAGUAUCUAGUGUAGCUUUAGACUUGGUGAGAAUAAUAUAAUAACCUGAGCUUAGCAUUAUACUAUACAGAGUGAUAUACAUGUAACUGCCGACCUACCUAUCUGCAAUACUGUGCCAACGUUUAAUUAUGUAUGGUUGAUAAUAAACUUUUUGAUAUUCAAUUAA